AUGUCUCUGCAAGAUGCUAUGGACAUUGACGAACCCAAGCAACAGUCUCCGGUAUCUGGAAAUUCUCCCCGUGUUGUUCUUCUGCAGCGGCCUAUGGCUCUCGGCCAUGCUCAGCAUGCGCCCACUGGCCUUCCUCAGCCUGUCCCUUUAGGGCUUCCGCGGAGUCCGGCCGUGCCGUUGCCCGCUCGCCCUCCAUUGCCAGGCGAAGAGCAACGGGAGAUAGGCGAGAGGCUUGCGGAGCUGGAAGCAAGAAGGCAGGCUGCCAUAGAGGAGAUCAUCCGGCACCGAGCAGCUGUUGCGGCGACUGCUGCAGAAGUGGAGUGGUACGACCGUCGGAUACGCGGACUUCGACCUUCACGAGGCACAAGGCAGGGACGGUCUCGUUCUAGAAGCCCCCCGGCGGUAGAGAGGCUCAAACCCGGUAGUGGUGGUUGA